ACAUAUGUCUUCCAUCUUGGCCGUCACUCCAGUUCAUUGUUCUCUACGCCCAUAACAAUUGUAAAGGACAAAAAACACGUUCAGACACGUAACUCAACUGACCAUUGAGACAGAAAUUACACAACAAUUAAUUUCAUUCCGACCUGUUGAUUUAGCCGCAAUUGAGGCUACUGCGCAUGUGCAACACUUCCUCUCUUGAGAAAAACGUGUGCUCAGCUGGCGCCAUGUACAGCUCAUUUUCCCCAAACCUUAUUCGACCUAACCUGCCCUUGAGGAAACCAUCAUCGAACCCGUUGGCUCUUGGCGCAUCGCCUCCUGCGAGACAUCUCACCACGCCCGACGUUGCAUCAGUGUGCCCCGCAGCAUGCGCCGCUGGAAACGGUCCUGCAAAUUCACCAGUCAUCAGGGGGACAUCUGCAGUGUCAGGUUCCAUGACACAACCACUGACAGUAUACUUCUGCAAUUACUGUGGCCAGCAAGGAAAUUUUCGGUGCAAGCGCUGCAAAAAGACGCCUUACUGCUCUGUGGCGUGUCAGACAGAAGACUGGAAGGCACACAGACACAUGUGCAAAUCUGUUGAUCCAGAACCUGCAAAAGAGAAGCCAAAGGAAACCACAGGUUUGCAUGUGGCAGGACACAGAGCUGGUCCACUUGAGUCUAAGCCUGGUGAUGCAUGCAGCCUCCAGAGGGUCUAUUUGAAGGACUUGCAUAUGAGUGAAGUCAUUAAGGGAACAGUCAUGCAGGCAUCUGUUGUAGAGUUUCACAACCCUGGCAGGUUCUUCCUUCUUGCCCAAAGCCCUGAGGUGCUCAAAGCUCUGCGAGACAUCAGCUCAGAGCUUCAGAAAACAUACAGCUGCCCAUCGGUGGCGACAUAUAUACCCUGUGUUGGAGAGGUUUGCGCAGUUCAGUUCUCCUGUGACCUGAACUGGUACCGAGGCCUGAUCCAGACUUUGGCUAGUGACCAGAAAAUGGCUAAUGUUCUUUACAUUGACUUUGGCAAUGAGGAGGAUGUCCCAGUGGACAGGAUCAAGCCUCUGGCUGCUAACAUCCAGCCACUUUGUCCAUGCGCAAUGGAGUGCUGUAUUGCAGGGGUGGUGCCAGUCGCUGACAAGUGGUCAGGCGAGUGCUGUAUUGCAGUGAGACAGCUAUUGGCUGGCAAGAUCAUCUCAGUUAAGCUGGUGGAAACACUAGAGUACAGUCGCAUCCAUGCUGUGGAUGUCCUGCUUUCAAUGGGGAAGCAACUGAGCGCAUUCCUCAUUGAGAACGGCUAUGCAGCAAAGGAAACUAUCAGCGCAACGCCAACUGAGCAAGAAAUACACGGCAUGAUGAGUGCAUCCUUGGAAAACUUCAGGCGUCUCUCCAACGGGAAGGAUGACAACACCUGGGCCCAGCCACCCGAGCCGCUGUCACAGGCAGUGGGUGACUCUUUCUCUGUUGUGGUCACCCACUUGCAGUCGCCCAGUGAAAUUAUUGUGCAGAAAGUGGCAAACGCCGGAGUGAUUCAGGAGUUGCAAUUGAAGCUGAGGGAACACUGCAGUCAGGUCUCAGCCCCCCAGAACUUCAGACCAGCCCCCGACACAGUUUGCUGUGCCCAGUUCUCAGAGGACAAGCAGUGGUACAGAGCUAAAGUUCUGGCUUAUUCAUCGGAGGAACGAGUCUGUGUCGGCUACCUUGAUUUUGGCAACUCCGAGGAGGUGGAUUUAAGCUGCCUGCGGCCUAUCAGCCCUUCACUGCUGGACCUGCCCAUGCAGGCUAUUCCCUGUGGUCUCGCAGGGGUGCAGCCUGCUGGGGAGUGCUGGUCAGAGAACUGUCUGUUGGCCCUGCAGCUGAGGGUAUCAAACAGAAUACUGCGCAUUGAGAUCCAGGGAGCGCAUGAGGGCAAGGCUUUGGUGGCCAUGAUUGAUGAGGCCAGUGACCCUCAGGCCAAUGUAGCCGAGCUGUUGAGCGCUGCUGGCUUCAGUGCACCUGCGCCUGUUACCACCAGUAGUGAACAGCAGGCUGACCAGACGGCAACUGAUGCUUCUGCCGAACCACAUGAAAAAGUUAAGAUUAAUGAUUCAGUGCCUGCCCCAGCAUGUGAGCCUCUGGUCUGGUCUGGCACUGAGCUUCCCUGUGAUGGCCAGACAGUGGCCCUGCUAGCCAGUGUGGUGGAGAACCCGCAGGAGUUUUACUGCCGCAUCAAUAGCCCUACAGACCAUCAGCAGCUGACUGAGCUGGGGGCUGAGUUGAAACAGCACUGUGAGGCAAACACCCCCCCUUUUGUGCCCAAAGAGGGAGAGCCCUGUUGCGCCAUGUUUCCUGUUGAUGGACAGUGGUAUCGAGCUAUGGUAAAAGGGCUCUCUGAAGAGGAGGUGUCUGUAAACUUUGUGGAUUAUGGUUAUAGCAUGAAAAUUGAAAAAAGCCUCCUUCGAUCCAUUACACCGCGACUCCUGACUCUACCCUUCCAGGCAAUUCGCUGCAGCCUCGCAGGUGUGGAGCCCCUGGGAUCAGAGUGGAGCAGUGAAGCCCUGAUGUGGUUCCAGACUCUGAUAUCUGGCGAGCAGCUCUCUGCACGUGUCCUUUCCAUCUCUGAACAAGGCUACAAUGUGAAGCUGGAGAGCAGAGGGCAGGAUGUGGCAGCUGCUCUACUUUCAGAGCAACUUGCCAAAGCUCCUGGAACCAUUCCCAAAGAGACGCAUGCGACCACAAGCUCUGAUGCCAAACAGCUAGAGAAAAUAAAGGAAAAUGAGCACAGCCAAAUGCAUGUCCAAGCCUCCAACCAGAUCAGAGCCAGUUCCAAAGAGAUACCAGCGGAACAGACUGCAGUGUUGUCAGAAGGUCAGCUGCUGUCCCCGUCUUUCCCAGUGGACUGGAAGACAGUGGAGCUGCCUCUCAAUGAGACCUUCCAGCCUUACAUCGCAGCUGUGAUUAGUCCUUCUCUCUUCUAUGUGCUCGGUCCCAACCAGGGUGACCAGCAGAAGCUCGGAGGGGUGAUGAUGGAGCUAGCUGCCUACUGCAGCAACAAACAGGCCUCUUUCUCUUUCACCGGCCUGAGCAGACCAGCUCCUGGGGCUGCCUGCUGUGCCCGGUUCUCUGCUGACAAUAUCUGGUAUCGUGCGGUGGCUCUGGAGGUCGGUGACAAUGAGAUGAGUGUCAUCUAUGCAGAUUACGGCAACACUGAGAAGGUGCCAUGCUCCAGUAUCUUGCCCAUUCCCAUGCACCUGCUCCAGCUCCCCUAUCGGAUCACUCGCUGCACCCUCGCUGGUAAGGAACACUUCCCUGCAGAGUGGCCGGAGGAAGUGCAGCAGAUUUUUCGAGGCCUGCUCUUGAAUGGCGUCCUCGCCACUGUCCAGUCAUUUGACGGCUCCGCCAACGUGCUCUCGCUCAAUCUGCACACUGAGAGCGGCGGAGGGAACGUCACAGCCGUAAUCUUGGAUGCACUACGGGCCCGAGCCGAGAGUAAUCCUUGUACAUCCACGACCCACGUGGCUGAGCAAACUGACAGCAGUACAUCUGCUGCUGCCAGCACUACAGCUGUACCUGAAUGCCUGCAGCCUACAUCCAUACCUGAAACCCAGAAGGGAGAGGAAAAUGCAACAUCUACCACUGGACCCACCAUAACCCCAGAGCCGGCAACGUGGACUCCCCCGCAGAAGAAAAACUCUCCUGCAGUAUCACUCAGUGAAGAUCCAAUUCAGAAGAUUGUUGAGCAGUUGGAGCCUCCGUGUACAAAUGGUACAGAAACCAGUGAUCCCGAGUCCUCUAGCUGCAGCUGUCUGAGCCUGCAGACGAAGAUUGACCACCUGGAACAGUUGAUGCAGCUGCAGCUUUCUCUCAUUAAGCAAUUAAUGGGACAGAAGAAAUAAGAUUUUAACAUAACCUUACAGCCUUGUUUGCCAACUUGUUGAAAUCAGAAGACCUCCAGAAGCAGCCUUCCAGCUUAUUUACUCACUUUAUUCCCAAAGUUAUCUUCCAGCUUUUGGUUUCUUUUCUUUAUCUUUUCCUCAUUAGUGAUUGUCCACUCUGAUAAGAGCUUUUAUGUUUUAAAUUGUUUGAAAUUCCAUUUUUACUUUAAAUAUUGUUUUUUCAGAAAAAAAAAAAUGCUGAAUGCACUUAUGUUUGUUAAAGUUGGCAGAAAAAAAAAUUGCUUCACAAGAUGUUAAACUUCAAAUUAUCCAAGUGUGUGGUUGUCAGCUUUUGGUGUGCUGUAGCACAUGCUGUGCUGCCAUCUGUUCUCUGUUGAAUCCUAAUCACCUGUUCAGGUGGGAUGUCCAGCCGGAAUAAUUUGUUUUACACGUGUUUCAGUUUUUACAUAAACGUUGUGUGACAAAAACAACAGAAA